AGCUCUAGAGUACUCGUUAUUCUUCUCGUCUUUGUUUCUGGGAAAAUGGCGCUGUGUAGCUGCGCCGCCAGCACUGAUCCAAGCUCCAGCGAUCGAAAAUUCUUGCAUUCUCCAGCUCGGCGAUCAAGGCGCCUCGAUUCCAGCUUCUUUAGCGCUCGCGUAAGUUUCCGUCGGCUUGCUUGCCCUGGUUCUACCAAAAUCCGCAACGAUAGGGCUCAAUUGCUGCUUGUGAGGGCUCAAGGAAGCGUUGGGAAUGAUUCGCCGUCUUCCAUUGCGCAAUCCAGCCGCGAGCUCAGGUUGGAGGCGAUCGAGGAGCAUCUAUCUAUCACGCACUCGCACAAGCCAAAGAGAAUUGCUUUCAACUAUGGCUUCCAAGCAAAGUUCCUUCGCCAAGGUCCCAGUGUUCCUGGGAGUUUUUUCAGGCUCGCAUUCGAGAACUUUGGUCGAGAAUGGAAGGCGCUGAGACGAAGCUAUCUGUUUGGAGAGUUUGAAAUCUCAGAAGACUCCAAACCACUUGGUGUUGGUGCUGCUUACUUGGGACGUGGAUUUGUUCUCUUUUUCAGAGGAUUCGACAAGAUACUCCAACUUUACGAUGGAUUGCCAGUGCUGAAAGAAGAGCUCCUGGAGCUUGACACGGAGCAAGAGGAUCUCAGAAAAGCUCUCGCGAAGCUAACACUGAACAGAGACGCCGUCUGGGAGAGGGAGCGCAAUCGACCGCCUGUUGAGGCUCCCUGGUGGAUUCUUGGUCCGUAUUACGCUCUUUGUUGGAUGCUAGAUGUAAUCUUUGAGGGCAGGCCAAUUCAACGCUUCUGGUUUCUGGAAACCGUAGCAAGAAUGCCUUACUUUUCAUAUAUUUCUAUGCUGCAUUUGUACGAAACUCUUGGCUGGUGGCGUGUAGGUGCGGAUGUAAGGAAAGUCCAUUUUGCAGAGGAAUGGAAUGAAAUGCACCAUCUAAAAAUCAUGGAAUCUCUUGGAGGAGAUUUGCUAUGGGGAGAUCGAUUCUUCGGGCAGCAUGCAGCAUUCUUUUAUUACUGGAUUCUGAACUUCAUGUUUUUCGUCUCGCCCAAAGUCGCCUACAAUUUCUCAGAGCUAAUAGAAAUGCAUGCAGUGGACACUUACGGCCAAUUUUUCGACGAGAAUGAGGAACUCCUCAAACAACUCCCUCCAUCGCCAGAAGCUGUGGCAUACUACGAGAACGAAGACUUAUAUAUGUUCGAUGAAUUCCAAACAAGCCGAGCUCCUGAAAGCAGAAGACCAAAGGUGGAUAGCCUUUAUGAUGUGUUCGUAGCAAUUAAGGGCGAUGAGUUUGAGCAUGUCAAAACCAUGGCUGCCUGCCAGCGAGCUGAGACGGUUGCCAGUCCUCACAAAAUCAAGAAACAAGCUUGAAGAAUGGUACUAGAUAUUCUUUUUCUUUUCAACAGUUAAAAACUUUCAAGUCAAAUAUUUUUAAGUUAGGUAGGCUUUAAGAAUAUUCUAAUUUUAUGAGUUCAAAUUUUUUAGUGA